CUAGACAUCCAAAAGCAACAAGCAAGGAGCUAUGCGGAAAAAACAGAACAGAUUAAUGUCUUACACAAAGACUUAGAAUACACUACAGCAAUACUGAAAGAAAAGGAUUUAGUGAUUGAAUCUCAGAAGGAACUGAUUGAGACCUUCCAAAAACAAGAGCAAGACUCUGAACAGCAGAAGGAAAUUCUGCAGCAGCUUCAAGUGGCACUAAAGGAAAAAGAACAAGAAAUUUUAUCCCUUACAAAGCAAUGUGAGUCAUGGAAGGAAAAGGAGGAAAAGCGUGAAGCUGAGCAAACAAAUCUCCAAGCAACAAAACUGACUCUGAAAGAAAGAGAAGAAAAGACAGGGGUUCUGGAGGAGGCUAUCUCUAAGCUUCAGCAGCAAAAGGAGGAGGCAGCGAUGCAGACCAAAGCUAUACUGCAAAAACUAGAAUACACUGAAUCUUCUCUAGAAGCGAGAGAUCAAGAGAUAGUGUCUUUGCAAGAGCACGUCCAGGAGCUUCGAGAGCAGAAGGAGUUAGAAGCGGUGAGGAAGAGAGAUGAAGACAAUGAAGCGCUCGUGCAAAAACUCCAGCGCCAAGAAGAAGAACUGAAGACCUUGCAGAAUCUCCAGCUUAGGCUAACCAAGAAGAAUGAAGAUGUUAGGCAUUGCAGAGAGCAAGAGAAGCUCCUAGAAGAAGCCUUGCAUGAGAAGGAGCAAGAGACCAAGGCUCCAGGUGAACUAAAAGAGUUAGAAGAGGAAGUAAGAGCUCUUCAGGAAGAUCUCCAGCAUGUUCAGCCGACUCUGACAAAGAAGGAUGAAGAGAUCAAGCACCAGCGAGACAGAGUUGGGUACUUAGAGAAGACUCUGACAGGGAGAGAACAAGAGCUUAGGAGGCAGAGUGAACUCCUGAAACAAAUAACAUCAGCUUUGCGAUGGAAGGAUGGAGGGGAGACUCUACAGAAACAAAUCCAGAAACUCCAGAAAUGGGAGGAAGAGAAAGCAGAGAAGAGGAGAGUUCUCCAGGAGAGAGACCGUUCCUUGCAAAGACAGAAGGAGCUAACCCAACAACUGGCGGAUGAGCGGAAAGCCAAGGGGGAAGAAUUGGAGCGCACGAUUGCUAUUUUGAAGCAGACCAAAAGCAGGGAAGUCAAAUGGAAAGAGAAGGCACAAGCACGGACUCUUGCCCUUACCAAGAGUGAAAUGGCCAAUGGGACUUUGAGGGAAGAAAUAGUCAUCCUGCAGAGUAUGGUUUCAGAGGGGGUCACGGACCAGUUUCAUCAUCAGGUAGGCAGUGUGAUUGAUCACCAGUCAACUAAAAUGUCUAUAAAGGAUUCUAAUGAUGAUUCCCAUAAAGAUACGGGAAUAUAUAGUCCCAUAAAUACAUGA